AUGCAAAUCUUUAUUUCUCAUCUUUCGUUCAACACUCCAAAUAUACUUUCGAAUCCUGCAAGGCCAGCCAACAUGGGGUUUUCACCACUGUCCCUCUCUCAAUUUCUCUCUUCCAUUCUGUUUCUCUUCCAUUUUCACACAACAAUUUCUUCAUCAAAUUACUCCUCUUCAUCUCAUUUCUGUGCUCCUGACCAAAGCCUUUCUUUGCUCCAAUUCAAAGAGUCCUUUUCCAUUAAUAGCUCUGCUUCAGGGCGUUGCCAGCAUCCCAAGACAGAGUCGUGGAAAGAGGGUACAGACUGCUGCUUGUGGGAUGGGGUCACUUGUGACAUGAAAACCGGGCAAGUCACUGCACUGGACCUUGCUUGCAGCAUGCUUUAUGGCACCCUCCAUUCCAAUAGCACCCUCUUCUCCCUGCAUCAUCUUCAAAAGCUCGACCUCUCUGACAAUGAUUUCCAAAGCUCCCAUAUUUCUUCUCAAUUUGGCCAGUUCUCCAAUCUGACAUAUCUUAACCUAAAUUACUCAGUCUUUGCAGGUCAAGUUCCGUCGGAAAUCUCUCAUCUCUCCAAAUUGGUUUCACUUGAUCUCUCUGGAGAUGAAAACGACUAUCUAAGUCUGGAACCAAUUUCUUUUGACAAGUUUGUUCGAAAUCUAACCCAGCUUAGAGAACUCGAUCUGAGUCGGGUAAACAUGUCAUUAGUUGUACCCAAUUCCUUGAUGAAUCUGUCUUCUUCUUUGUCAUCACUCAAACUCUUUUCCUGUGGACUGCAAGGAAAAUUCCCAUCCUCAAUAAGAAAAUUUAAGCACCUCCAGCAGUUGGAUCUUGCAGAUAACAAUCUUACAGGUUCAAUUCCAGAUGAUCUUGGGCAACUCACUGAGUUGGUUUCAAUUGAUCUCUCUUUCAAUGACUAUUUGAGUGUAGAACCAAGUUCUUUUGACAAGACUAUUCAAAACCUAACCAAGCUAAGAGGACUCCGUUUGGGUUAUGUAAAUAUGCCUUUGGUCAUACCUAAUUCCUUGGCGAAUCUGUCAUCAUCCUUGUCAGCUCUUUCCCUUUGGGGUUGUGGAUUGCAUGGGAAGUUCCCAGAUAACAUCUUUCUCCUACCAAACCUUGAAGAGCUUGAUUUGACAUACAACGACGACCUCACUGGCUCUUUUCCUUCAUCCAAUGUGAGUAAUGUCCUCUGGUUAUUGGGUCUUACUCGUACGAGAAUUUCAGUUUCUUUAGAAAAUGACUUCUUCAAUAAUCUAAAGUUGUUGGAAGUUUUGGUUCUUAGAAACUCUAAUAUCACAAGGUCAAAUCUGUCCCUUAUUGGUGAUCUCACACAUCUCACUCGUUUAGAUCUCGCAGGUAGCAAUUUGAGCGGUCAGGUUCCAUCAUCACUUACAAAUCUUGUGCAACUUCAAUCCUUGUAUCUUGAUAACAAUAAUUUUUCAGGUAGGAUUCCAGAGUUUUUAGGUAACCUUACCCUCCUUGAAAAUUUAGGUUUAUCCAAUAAUCAACUCUCAGGACCUAUCCCUUCUCAAAUAAGUACUCUUUCAUUGAGAUUGUUUGAUAUGAGCAAAAACAACUUGCAUGGUCCAAUCCCAAGUUCAAUUUUCAAACAAGAGAACCUGGAAGCCCUUUCUCUUGCAUCCAACAGUAAAUUAACAGGUGAAAUUUCUUCCUCUAUUUGCAAGCUUAAAGUCCUUCAACUCCUUGAUUUGUCCAACAACAGCUUGAGUGGUUUUAUACCACAAUGUUUAGGGAACUUUAGCAACUCUCUCUCAGUUUUGAAUCUUGGCAUGAAUAAUCUUCAAGGCACUAUCUUUUCACCAUUUUCAAAAGGGAAUAACUUGAAAUAUCUCAACCUAAAUGGCAAUGAAUUGGAAGGGAAAAUACCAUCGUCUAUCAUCAACUGCAUAAUGCUACAAGUUCUUGAUCUUGGUGACAAUAAAAUUGAGGACACAUUUCCCUAUUUUCUAGAAACGCUUCCAGAGCUCUAUAUCCUUGCCCUAAAGUCCAAUAAACUCCAUGGUUUUGUGAGUAGUCCGACUACUAAAAAUUCAUUCUCCAAAUUGCGGGUCUUUGACAUCUCCAACAAUAAUUUGAGUGGACCUUUACCAAUAGGAUAUUUCAAUAGUUUUGAAGCAAUGAUGGCCUAUGAUCAAAAUCCAUUUUACAUGAUGGCCUAUUCCAUAAAAGUGACAUGGAAAGGGGUUGAGAUUGAGUUCGAGAAAAUCCAAAGCACUCUUAGAAUACUUGAUUUGUCAAACAACAGUUUCACCGGAGAGAUUCCAAAGGAGAUCGGAAAGCUUAAAGCAGUUCAACAACUCAACCUCUCUCAUAAUUCCCUUACAGGCCAUAUUCAAUCAUCAUUUGGAAUGUUGACCUAUCUGGAAUCAUUAGAUUUGUCUUCGAAUUUGCUUACCGGAAGGAUUCCAGUACAGUUGGCAGAUCUAACAUUUCUUGCAGUCUUAGACCUUUCACAUAACCGGCUUAAGGGGGCCAUACCCACUGGAAAGCAGUUCAACACGUUUAAUGCAAGCUCAUUUGAAGGAAACUUGGACUUAUGUGGAUUCCCCAUGCCAAAAGAAUGCAAUAAUGACGAGGCACCACCAUUGCAGCCAUCAAACUUUCACGAUGGAGAUGAUUCAAAAUUCUUUGGAGAAGGAUUUGGAUGGAAAGCUGUGGCAAUAGGGUAUGGAAGUGGGUUUGUGUUUGGAGUCACAAUGGGAUACGUUGUGUUCAGAACAAGAAAACCAGCAUGGUUUCUGAAAGUGGUUGAAGAUCAAUGGAAUCUGAAGGCAAGAAGAACGAAGAAGAAUGCUCGUAGGAAUGGUGCAAGAAGAAACUAAACAACGGAGCUAGUAAAAUGAGUGAAGUUUGGAAUAAACAUUCUCGCUACCUUAUGAGAUACCAAGUGGAGGUUGACAUGAGAAGAACGCUAGAGUGGCAGAUUCAGAGAAUUGGAUUCCUCUUUCGUACUGCUUCUGUUUUCCUUCAUGGUUGUGUUUUAAUUUUAUUUUUUUUAUGAGUUUUAUUCGAUACAUGGAAUAUUUUCGAGUCACUUAAUUUGCGUGUUUUUUUUUUUUUGGUUAGUUUUGAUGCAUGGAAUAUUUGGGUGUUACAUCUAUAAAAAAGAACCAAUGCAUGCAGCAGUUGUUACA